AUGAGUAAUACGAGCAAUAACGUAGGGGAGGAGAAAGCCUCAAAAAUUGAUGCAAAGCAAAGCGUAACCACUGAAAUAUUGCUACCAACAAUUGACAUGGAAGCACUCAAGAAGAAUUCACCGUUACACGAUUCUGGUAAUUCACCAAGGUUACAGAGGGCCUUAACGAAACCACGUAGCACUGAAAGGUGGAACUGUCUUUGCUCCCCAACCACACAUGCUGGUUCAUUUAGGUGCCGCUUCCACAGAAGCUCAGGCAUGAUUCGUGGAGGAUCCAUCGGCUCCAACCUCUCCGAGUUGGCUGCUAAAUCACGUACUAUUAGCGACCUGGUUUAG